UUGCAUGCAUAAGUACCUGGCAAAUCUGCCCAAAGACAAGCUAAAGGAGAUGGUGCAGUUUGGCCCCCCGGACAUCCCUGUGGAGAACAAGACAGUCACGGUGGUGUACGGGCCGGACAUGGUCAAUAUCAGCUUCAUCAACUUUGUCUCCAACUCCGAGGGCGUCGCUAAGUUAUGGACAGACUCCCUGCUGAAGAUAGCCACCAACGUCCUGGCUCUGAAUGCCUCCCCCAUGCAGAACCUCAAGAAAGUGUAUGCCAAGCUGAUAGUCAAAGACCUAACUAAGGAGGGAAAGCUGCCUGUUAAAAAUGUGAUCAAGUUGUUCUCUACAUCCAAAGAGGAGAGAAAGAGAGUGGAGGGAGCCCUGGCUUCCUGUGCUCUACCCACGGGGAAGAAUGACAUUAUCAACGUGGAAAAGUUCUUCUUUGAGGACUUUGUCACAAUUGUGAGGAAGGUUUGCCCUCGACCAGAGCUGGACAAGGUGUUUGCAGAAGUGGGUACCAAGAAGCCAUACCUCACCAUGGAACAAGUUGUUGAUUUUCUGAACAAGGGCCAGCGCGACCCUCGACUCAACGAAAUUCUCUACCCUUACGCUGACAACAAGAAGGCCCUCGACAUCAUCAGCAGAUAUGAACCAAACAAGUCGUAUGCAAACAAAGGUCACCUGUCGGUGGACGGGCUGUACCGUUAUCUGAUGAGUGAUGAGAACACCAUGGUCGACCCGGUCAAGUUCGACCUGAGCGACGACAUGACGCAGUCCCUGAGCCACUACUUCAUCAACUCCUCCCACAACACAUACCUCACAGGCCACCAGUUCACGGGGAAGGCGUCCGUGGAGAUCUACAGACAGGCCCUGCUGGCCGGCUGCCGAUGUGUGGAGCUGGACUGCUGGGACGGAAACGACAACGAACCCAUCAUCACUCACGGCUACACCAUGUGCACAGACGUGCUCUUUAAGGAUGUUGUGGAGGCCAUUGCAGAAAGUGCAUUCAAAACCUCCGAUUGGCCAAUCAUCCUGUCAUUCGAGAACCAUUGCAGCUGGUCGAAGCUGAGUGCAGGCACCCCACUCCCCAGCCCUAAAGACCUGCUGGGAAAAAUACUUAUCAAGAACAAAAAGAAGAUCAAGAAGAGAGCAGCACCCGGAGAAAUCAACAAACAGGACAAAGACAUCGUGGAGAACGGGAACAAGGACCUGCAGGAGAACGGCCUGGACGAUGAGAACGGGGCGGACGAGAGUCUGGCGGAGGAGAAAGCAGCGGAGGACGGCGGCGAGAAGGGGACAGACAUGGUGGCAGAGGAGGAGAGACGAGGUUCAGCAACCAUUGCGGCCACGGCCAGCCCCGGGAUGGAGAAGAUGAACUCUGUGUCGGCCGACCAGCCCGAGGCAGAUUACUACGGCGAUGACAGCGAAUCGGAGGAGGAAGAGGAGGAGGACGAGGAGAAGAAGAAGAGAAGACAGGAGCAGAAACGAGACAAGCCUUUUGACAGCGUGACCUGGAGCCGACGGGAGAACCUGCUACUCCACCAAGUGUCCCUCUCCAAUGCCAUGAAUGCUCCCCCCUCUCCAACCGAAGGGCCGGGCACAGCAGGACAGGAGACAGAUGCUGUUGCUGAGAUGUCAGCUCUCGUUAACUACAUCCAACCUGUCCACUUUCACUCCUUCGAAAUCUCAGAGAAGAGGAACCGGAGCUUUGAGAUUUCCUCCUUUGUGGAGACAGCAGCCCUGGCCAGCCUGAAGGAGUUCCCUGUGGAGUUUGUCAACUACAACAAACGACAGUUGAGCAGAAUUUACCCGCGAGGCACCAGAAUGGACUCCAGUAACUACAUCCCACAGGUCUUCUGGAAUGCGGGCUGCCAGCUCGUUGCGUUGAACUUCCAAACGUUAGAUCUUGGCAUGCAGUUGAACAUGGGAUUCUUUGAGUACAACAACAGGAGCGGUUACAUCCUCAAGCCUGACUUCAUGAGACGUACAGACAGACACUUCGAUCCUUUUGCAGAGUCUACAGUAGAUGGUAUUGUUGCAGGAACAGUUUCAGUCAAGGUUAUCUCAGGACAGUUUCUGACUGACAAGAAAGUCGGCACAUACGUGGAAGUGGACAUGUACGGCUUACCGGCAGACACCGUCCGAAAGCGAUUCCGCACCAAGGUCGUCCCAGCCAACGGAAUCAACCCCAUAUACGACGAGGAACCCUUCGUGUUUAAAAAGGUUGUACUUCCCCACUUAGCGGUCCUGCGCAUCUCAGUGAGUGAAGAAAACGGGAAGUUUAUAGGCCACAGAAUCCUGCCUGUGGAGGGCCUGAGACCAGGCUACAGGCACAUAGUCCUGCGGAACGAAGCCAACCAACCGCUGAACCUCCCCACAGUGUUCGUCCACAUCACAGUCAAGGACUUCAUCCCUGAUAGUUUCGAAGACUUCGCCAAUGCGCUGGCGAACCCCAUAGCAUACCAGGCAAUGAUCGAGAAGAGAGCCCACCAACUGGAGGCUCUUAUGGAGGACGAUGACAUCAGUACAGCUGAGGAAGACGGGCGGCCUAAGAUGACCCCGGGUGAGAAGAUGGUCAGCGGCACGCCGGUGCAGCGCAGCCUGUCCUCCGGCUCCACCAACAUGGAGCAGCUGGGUUCUACUGCCAACGCCAGGAAGGGCUCGUCUCCCAACACAACUGCUAACAUACACAGUGCCGUGUCCAGGGUGGCCAGUAGCACAUCGGUGGAACCCCCCGCCGGACAGACUGAGAAAGGUCGGAAGUCCCUCACGUCGGGUGUUCUGACCCCCAGCCUGUCCAUAGACCAGACAAUUAACAAGUCCCUGACUUCACCUGACGGAGAGAAAGAACCGCCAGCAGAAAUCUUCAAACCUCUCACAAUCCAGGAGCUCAAACAACUCAAGACCUUCAAGAAAUUAAAUGACAAGCAACAAAAAGAACUGGCAGCUCUGAACAAGAAACAAGAAAAGUUUGGAAGCAGAAUGGAGGUGAAAGACCUGAAGCAGAGACUAGAUCAGCAGAGAAAGGAGGAGGAGAGGGCUCUGGCCAAGAGAUGUAAGGACAGGAACGAGCUGGCCAGGCUUAAGAGGGAGACGCAACAGAAACACAUCCAGGUCGCAGUGCAGCACAGACAACAGUUGGAUGAGAUCCACUCCAACAGAACAGAGGAACUGAAGAAGAACCACAAGGAGAUUGAAGAGGCCAUCAGUAAGGAGGAGGAGAAGGCCAACGCUGAGAUAAUGACGGAAUAUGAGAAGAAGUCUAAGGACCUGCCGGAGACGUGGCGGGCACUCCAGCAGGAGAGGGACUCCGCGUCCGGCUCUAUCAACGGUCCCAGCACACCAACGGGCACAGGGACAUCCCUGUGAAGGUCCUACAACUACAGAUACAUCCCUGUGAAGGUCCUACAACUACAGACAAGUUCCUGUAGCUGUAAAGGUCCUGGAACUACGGAUGCAUCCUUGUAAAGGUCCUACAACUACAGAAUCUGAUACAUCCUUAUGAAGGUCCUGCAACUGCAGACAAGUUCCUGUGAAGGGCCUUCAACUACAGAUACAUCCUUGUAAAGGUCCUCCCACUGAUUACAGACAUAGCUGCAUCAUCAGCUAUGGGACUACUCCUGCGGCUUAAACUUCACGCAGUUGUUGACAACUGCAUGAUUGUGCGGACUUCAUAGUACGAGACGGAUCCU